UAUGAGGCAGAUGCUGAAAAUAUCAGUGUCACAUACAACGUCCCCUUAAGACCCAAAGAGACAAAUUCAUCACCAUCUUCCCCAUAACUAAUUUCAUCUCAUCUCAUCACAAAUUCACAACCCAAUCAUGGAACCUUCCUCCUCCACCACCACCACCCCUCUCCUCCACGAAAACCGGUGGUGGCACCCUAACCUCCGCCUCAAAACCACCCUCUGCUCCGAACUGUCCGGAGCAGUGGGCGAUUUAGGCACCUUCAUCCCCAUUGUUUUAACCCUCACUUUAGUCUCCCACUUAGACCUAUCCACCACUCUCAUCUUCACCGCCCUUUACAACAUUUCCACCGGCCUCCUCUUCGGAAUCCCCAUGCCUGUCCAGCCCAUGAAGUCCAUCGCGGCUGUGGCAGUCUCCGAACUUCCUCAUCUCACCACUGCCCAAAUAGCCACGGCUGGCGCCACCACUGCUGCCACUCUUUUAAUCCUCGGCGCGACUGGUCUCAUGUCUUUCUUCUACAAAUUCAUACCGCUCCCCGUCGUUCGCGGCGUCCAGCUUUCUCAAGGCCUUUCUUUCGCGUUCUCCGCGAUCAAAUACAUCCGGAAUAAUCAAGAUUUCAUCACUUCGAAAGCCACUUCACCUCGCUCUUGGCUGGGUCUGGACGGACUAAUUCUAGCUAGUUCGGCUCUCUUGUUUCUCAUACUCACCACUGGAUCCGGGUCCGACGAUCAUAGCAGUCAAACGCAGCCGCGAUCGUCUUCACAGAGACGAAUCAACAAAAGAUUGCGGGUUUUAUCAGCUAUACCCGCUGCUCUUUUAGUGUUCUUAUUCGGGUUGGUCAUAUGUUUCAUUCGCGAUCCUUCUGUUAUCCACGAUCUCAAAUUUGGUCCGUCAAAACUACAAAUUUUAAAGAUAACAUGGGAGGAUUGGAAAAUUGGGUUCUUGAGAGGAGCAAUCCCACAAAUUCCACUCUCUGUGUUGAAUUCUGUUAUAGCAGUGUGCAAAUUAUCAACUGAUUUGUUCCCCGAAAGAGAAAUAUCAGCCACGAAAGUUUCGAUUAGUGUUGGACUGAUGAAUUUGGUUGGAUGUUGGUUCGGUGCUAUGCCCGUUUGCCAUGGCGCAGGCGGGCUAGCCGGACAAUAUAGAUUCGGCGCAAGAACCGGAGCAUCGGUUGUUUUUCUCGGAAUAGGGAAAUUGGUGAUCGGAUUGGUUUUCGGGAAUUCAUUUGUAAGGAUUUUGAAUCAAUUUCCGAUCGGGAUUCUCGGGGUUUUGUUGUUGUUUGCGGGGAUUGAAUUGGCUAUGGCAUCUAAAGAUAUGAACACAAAAGAGGAGUCGUUUGUAAUGUUGAUAUGUGCUGCAGUUUCUAUGACUGGGUCUAGUGCUGCAUUGGGUUUUGGGUGUGGGAUUUUGCUUUAUUUGUUGCUGAAAUUGAGAAGUAUGGAGUUUGAUUGUUUUGAGGUUUUGAAAUUUGGGUCUAAAUCUAAGGGUGAUGAACAAACUAAUCUGCUCCCUUAAAGUUUGGAAAUCAAACACUGAGGAGAAUGCAGCUCUCUCUUAUGUUAAUAUUGUCACUAUAGUUAAUUUUGGUUUCUGUAGUUAGUUUAGGCUUUAGCUAAUAAUGUAGUACCAAGAUUUCUAUGGAAUAAAUCUUUGGCUAGGGAUAUUAGCAAUUCAUAA